UCAAAACCACCCCCAAAAUCCCACAACUUUCUCUGCAUUUCCUCACACUCUGUUUGUUUCCCGGGAAAAUGAAGUUCCUUCAUCUUCUUUCAUGGAUUCUCGUUCUCACCUCCUUCCUCCAGCUCUCCCUGGCUGCCCCAGGUGUUUGCAGUUCGAAAUGCGCAAGUAGAUGUGCAAAAGCAGGGGUGCAGGAUCGGUGCCUGAAGUACUGCGGGAUAUGCUGCGAGAAAUGCGGGUGUGUGCCGUCUGGGACUUAUGGGAACAAGCAUGAGUGCCCUUGCUAUGGGCGGAUUAAGAACUCCAAGGGGAAGUCCAAGUGUCCUUAAAAUCCACCCUCUACUGCCAUCUGCUGCCUAAGCUGUGUGUUUGUGUUGUACAAUCUCAUUGCCUCUUCACUUUGCAUGGACUGUUAUGAGUUGAUCUACCUAUUAAACUUAAAACCUCUGUUUCAGCUAUAUCUUCUCUCAACUCUUUUCUAUUUAGUGAAGAUUGAGUUGUUUUAUUUGGGACGA